AUGCUUCAGAGCUCGAUUGUUGCACUGAACACUGCGAUGAAAGUUUGCAGCUUUUCUGGCGCCCCUGGUGCCCAGAAAGCGUUACUGUGGCUUUGGGCGAGUGCAGAACAGCUGCAGCCGACAGCAGUGACCUACAGUUACGUGGCCUCAGCGUUGAGAAGCCAACAUGAUUCGGUUCGCUUGCUGGCAGGUGUUCGUCAGCGUUUCCUGCUCGACAUCAAGACGAUAUCGGGACAGACCCGCAGACCAGCGGAGCGAAAAUGCAAGAGAGGGAGAGAGAGAGAGAGAGAGAGAAACUGA